CAAUCAAAGAUACGGUCCAUUAAUAUUGAUAAACGAAAACGAUAUCGCUUAACCUUAUGUAGAAAGUUAUGCAAAUUAGGGUUUCGUCUUCCUCGUUUUUAUUCAAGGCUCCUUUCUCUUCAUUCUCGUUUGCCUUCAAAACACCAUCAAGGUAAGAAUUAACGCCAGAAAGAUUUUAAAAUGGUUGAGAAAACAAGGGGAAGAAAGGAAGAGGUGGUGACCAGAGAAUACACCGUCAACCUUCACAAGAGACUCCAUGGCUGCACAUUCAAGAAGAAGGCUCCCAAGGCUGUAAAAGAGAUAAGGAAAUUUGCCGAAAAAGCCAUGGGGACAAAGGAUGUACGAGUUGACGUGAAGCUGAACAAGCACAUAUGGAGCCGAGGGAUCCGAAGUGUCCCAAGAAGGGUUAGGGUUCGUAUUGCUCGGAAGAGAAACGAUGACGAAGAUGCAAAGGAAGAGCUCUACUCCUUGGUAACUGUUGCUGAAAUCCCAGCUGAAGGUCUGAAAGGCUUGGGCACCAAAGUCAUUGAUGAUGAUGAUGAGUAAUUUAUUGGUUUUCUUUUAGUUUAUGAAAACUUUUAAAAUUUUGUUAGAGACGGGCAACUUUAUCAUUAGAAUUUUUUGGGUUAAAUUUUGUAGUAAUUUCUUGUGAGACAUUUAAGUUUUCCUCGUAUAUUUGGGUUCAUUGUUUUUUGUCUGGUUUUUAAGCUUUAAUUGUAGUGGAGAUUACAUAUACAAA